AUGGAUCAAGAUAAUAAUAAUAAAAAGAGAUCUAUUGAAGAAUCAAAAGAUACUGAUGUCGCGACAACUACAACAACAACUACGACAACAACAGAUGAACAACAACCAAAGAUUGUUAAACAAGAGGAUCAAUUAGACAAGAAAACAGCUACUGUAUAUGGAGAUGAUGAAGAAGGAGGAGCAGACGACGAUGAAGAAGAUGAAGAUGAAGAUCAAGACGAACGUCAAAAAGCUAGACAAGAGAAAAACAAGGACAAGAACUUCCAAGCACAACAAAGAUUAACAGUUGAAGAACUUACAGAACAACAAAACAAGACAAAGAUUACAACUGAUCAAUCUAAAAAGAAAAAGAUUGCAUUUUGUGUUGGUUACUCUGGUACAAAUUAUUGUGGAAUGCAAAAAAAUUGGGGAUAUUCAACAAUUGAAGAAGAAUUGGAAAAGGCAUGUUUCAAGACUGGAUCUAUAUCACCAAAUAACUUUUAUUCACAAAGAAAGAUUGAUUGGAUUCGUUGUGCAAGAACUGACAAGGGAGUGAGUGCAGUUAGAAACAUGGUCUCUUGUAAAUUAGAGUAUGAUCCACCAACAUUGGAAGAGUUAAAGAAUGCUAUAAACUCGCAUCUUCCAGAGGACAUCAAAGUGUUUGGCAUCAAACGUGUGAAUAACUCAUUCCACGCCAAAAACUGUGUCGAUGGAAGAUCCUAUCUCUACAUUACACCCACCUUUGCAUUUGAACCGGUACACGCAACUUCUGGUCGUCCAGAAACCUAUAAAUUCGAUGAGACCGAGAGAAGUAGAGUCAAUAGUAUGUUGGCCAUGUUCUUGGGCACCCACAAAUUCCACAACUACACUUCGAGAAAGGACAGUGGUGACCCAUCUGCCAAGAGAACCAUGUCACUCUUUCAAUGCUCCGAGCCAUUUGUAAUGGAAGGAAUCGAGUUUGUCAGCAUCAACAUUAUUGGUGGUAGUUUCAUGUUGCAUCAAAUCAGAAAGAUGAUUGGUUUUGUCAUGUCGGUGAUGCGUCGUGGUUUCUUUUGGGAAAAGAACAAUGACACUGAAUCGUUAGACUACGUAAGAAAGAUCAUUACAGCCACACUCUGCCACCGUCAAUUCAACCUGCCAAUGGCACCAGGCACCGGUCUCAUGUUGGAUGCCUGUCUCUUUGACGUAUGGACCAAAAAGUUCAAGUCUGUACACGGUGAUUUGGAAUUUAGCGAAGCCAAAGAAGAGAUGGAACAAUUCAAAAAGGAAAAGAUCUUUAAGCAAAUUGUAUUGCUCGAAAAGGAAAAGAAGGAAUUCACCAACUGGAUCGUUACCAACCUCGACCCAUAUCCACUCCCAUACGACUAUUUAAUCGAAACAUACACCAAUCAACCACCUGCACCACCAAAGAAAAAGCAAGAAUUCAAAGAGAAACCAAAAAACAGAAAGGAUAAAAAAGUACCAGAAUACAGAAAACUAAAUUUUGCUGAAAAGAAAGAAGAGACUGUCUCUUCCUCCUCCUCCUCUACUGUUGCUGUAGUUGUUCCAGUUUCAACCGAGACUACUAUUGCUACUGAUGCUGCUGUUCCAACAUCUGUAGUAGUUCCAACUGAAAAUGCCGUUGCUCCUGCUGAAACCAAUACAAACUAA